GGGAAAUUAAAUCUCCCAUGCCUCUUCAAUUUUUGGUAUAAUUAAAUUUUUUAUUUUUUUUUCAAAAAAAGAAAAGACCAUUUUUAUUUAUGAAAAGAAAAACGAAAAUAGAAGGGAGGAAGAGUCUAUGUUUAUCCAGUAAUAAAUAAAGGAAGCUACUAGAAGCAGCUAGUCCUGUUGAGUCUCUUCAUUCUCCUCGCCUCACUCGCACCGAAAACACACAUUAAUAAACGAGGGUUUACAGUUUGUGUUUGCAUCGAAGAAAGCAAUGGACCCGGUGAAGUUGAAUCAACUGAAGCAAUUCGUUGAACAGUGCAAAUCUAAUCCUUCUAUUCUCUCCGAUCCUUCUCUUUCCUUCUUCCGUGACUACAUUGAAAGUCUCGGUGGUAAAUUUCCGCCGUCAGCUUACGGUGCCGGUGAUUACAAAGCGAAGUCUCGUGUGGUGGAUGAGAGUGAUGAUGAGAUAGAUGAUGUUGAGGACAAUGAUAAUACAAAAGAGGAAGUUGAAGAAGAGGAGGAACCUGAGAUAGUUGAAUCUGAUAUUGAGUUUGAUGAGAGUGACACCGUGGAACCUGACAAUGAUGAGCCACAAAAGAUGGGAGACCCUUCUGUGGAGGUGACUGAAGAAAGCCGUGAUGCUUCCCAGGAGUCCAAAGCUCAGGCCAUGGAAGCAAUUUCUGAAGGUAAGCUAGAAGACGCAAUUGAGCAUCUGACAAAGGCAAUUCUUCUCAAUACUAAAUCAGCAAUUAUGUAUGCUACUAGAGCUAGUGUUUAUAUCAAGAUGAAGAAGCCAAAUGCUGCCAUACGAGAUGCAACUGCAGCAUUGGAGAUAAACCCAGAUUCUGCUAAAGGUUACAAAUCUCGUGGCAUUGCAAGAGCCAUGCUGGGGCAAUGGGAGGCAGCUGCUAAGGAUCUUCAUGUGGCUUCGAAGCUGGACUAUGAUGAGGAAAUAAGUGCUGUGCUUAAGAAGGUUGAACCAAAUGCACAUAGAAUUGAAGAACACCGCAGGAAGUAUGAUAGGAUGCGCAAAGAACGCGAAGAUAGAAAGAGUGAGCGUGAGAGACAACGAAGAAAGGCUGAAGCUCAGGCUGCUUAUGAGAAGGCCAAGAAGCAAGAAGAAUCCUCAUCAAGUAGGAGAGCUGGGGGCAUGCCCGGAGGUUUUCCUGGGGGCAUGCCCGGAGGCUUUCCUGGGGGCAUGCCCGGAGGCUUUCCUGGGGGCAUGCCUGGGGGCUUUCCAGGGGGUAUGCCUGGAGGAAUGCCCGGAGGCUUUCCUGGGGCUGGGGCUGGGGGCAUGCCUGGGGCCACACCGGGAGGAAUGCCUGGUAACAUGGACUACAGCAAAAUACUGAAUGACCCUGAAUUAAUGGCAGCAUUCAAGGAUCCAGAUGUCAUGGCUGCACUGCAAGAUGUGAUGAAGAACCCUGCUAAUUUGGCCAAGCAUCAAGCAAAUCCUAAGGUUGCUCCUAUUAUUGCAAAAAUGAUGGGCAAAUUUGCUGGAAACUAGUUAACGCUUCUGGUCAUUUGUCGGUGGUAUUUCUAGAUUUUGAUAGAGAGCAUGUAAUUUGUUGUCAAACUUGGUUUUACUGAGUACAAAUUCAUCCCCCAAUCACAAUCCAAGUUUAUUCUCAAACUGACACUUAUGCAUUGCCAGUCAAGUUUAAAUUGAUGUUUUUAUAGAUGGCUUGUUAUUGUUAACUACCAACAUAUUUUUCCUACCG